GCUUCAAAAAAUUGUUUUCUUGGCAAGAACUCCAAACUACAUAAGUUCAUUUCUUUCGUCUCAUCCCACACAAGCCCAGGAAACCCUAACCGAAAAAAAAAAAAACCUCCGAUCAGGUCAUUUCUUUUAAUUCAAUUCCAUUGCAAUUAUUCAAAUUUAAAUCCCUUCAUAAUUUUAAUGAAGCAAUGAGCAGCAGCAGCAUCCCGACUCAACUGGUGUCCCCGACGAGCUCACGGUCUGUUACUGAAACCGUGAACGGUUCUCACAAGUUCGUGAUCCAGGGUUACUCAUUAGCGAAAGGCAUGGGGAUUGGGAAGCACAUUGCCAGUGAUAAUUUCACAGUAGGCGGUUAUCAGUGGGCCAUAUAUUUUUACCCUGACGGCAAAAAUCCCGAGGAUAAUUCAACGUACGUUUCUGUUUUUAUUGCAUUAGCGAGCGAGGGAACCGAUGUGAGAGCGUUGUUUGAAUUGACCCUCGUGGAUCAGAGUGGUAAGGGAAAGCACAAGGUGCACAGCCAUUUUGAACGCUCUCUUGAGAGCGGCCCUUACACGCUGAAGUAUCGAGGGAGCAUGUGGGGAUACAAGCGUUUUUUCAGACGAGCUUUGCUUGAAACAUCUGAUUACCUCAAGGAUGAUUGCCUGAAGAUCAAUUGUACUGUUGGAGUUGUGGUUUCAGCGACAGAUUGUCCAAGAUUACAUUCAAUUCAGGUUCCAGAGUCUGAUAUUGGAGAACAUUUUGGCAUGUUACUGGAAAAUGUGGAAAGUUCAGAUGUGACCUUUCAUGUAGCUGGAGAAAAGUUUCAUGCUCACAAGUUGGUUUUGGCUGCUCGAUCUCCUAUAUUUCGAUCUAAAUUCUUUGAGGGGUUAGAGGCAGAUAAGCAAGAAAUUGUAAUUAAUGAUCUAGAGCCUAAGGUUUUUAAGGCCAUGUUACACUUCAUAUACAGAGAUUCUCUUACAGAGGAUGUGGAUGUGACAGGAUCUGGCACUUCUUGUAUGUCUUCCGUGUCAGACACACUUGUUGCAAAGUUGUUAGCAGCAGCAGACAGAUAUGGCUUGGAGAGACUCAGAUUGAUGUGUGAGUCUCAUCUUUGCAAGGAUAUUUCUGUGAAUUCGGUUGCCAAAAUUUUAGCUUUGGCUGAUCAAUAUCAUGCUACAGAAUUAAAAGCUGUUUGCCUUAAGUUUGCUGCUGAAAAUCUUGCAGCUGUUAUGCGGUCAGAUGGUUUUGAGUACCUCAAAGAGAACUGCCCAUCACUGCAAUCAGAGCUGCUGAGGACGGUGGCAGGUUGCGAGGAGGACUGCAGCAGUGGGGGUGGGAAAUCUCGAAGUGUAUGGGCUCAACUUUCUGACGGUGGAGAUACCAAUGGCAGGAGGGUGAGACAAAGAACCUGAUAUCUGUUGUUAGUUGUCUGUGUAGCUGGAGUUGGUGAUAAUUGUGAAAAAUUUACAACAGCUAACUAAAACAUUGUCUAUUGUCAACAUGGCGGCAAGGCGUGUUCUGUAAAUCCUGGAAAUUGGUAAGCUUAAGAUGUUUGUUUUUGGACGUUUACUGUAAAAUUUGACUUAGCUGCUGUGCAAACUGCUUGCUAAUUUUGCUUAGUAAGAAGCAUAGCUCUGGUGGUGUCUUUGUUUGACUUUGUAUAAUUCUGUCAGAUGAGUAGUUUUGCAUGUAAAGGAGUCAAAACAAUGAGAUAGGAGUUUUAAUAAAAAUUCCUUUAUCUAGAGUA